GGAGCGUACACACCUUCUUUCCUUUUCUUUCUCAAAUCAUGUCUACAUUCACGUCCAUCCUCUGUGCUAUUCUCGCCGCAAUUUUACUUGCCUACCGCCGUUCCCGAAAACGGCGUCUCGGGCCACUGCCCCCUGGCCCCCAGGGAUGGCCCCUCAUCGGCAACCUCCUCGACAUGCCGAUCACAUACCACUGGCUCACGUUCUCAGACUGGAGCCAACGUUGGGGCGACAUCGUGUCCGUCACCAUCCUCGGGCAGCCUAUGGUCAUCCUCAACUCGCCCAAAGAUGCAAUGGCCAUCCUCGAGAAGAAGAGCGCAAUCACAUCAGAUCGAGCUUCACUCCCGGUCGCGGGUGACAUGAUAGGCUGGUCGCGCGCCAUGGUGCUCGCUCCAUACGGCGACCGCCUGCGGGAGAUGCGCAAGAUGUUCGCACAGGUCCUCGCGAGCCGGCAGCGCUUCGAGCGCUUCCACGCCCUGGUCGAGGGGGAGACGCAGCACUUCCUCCUUGGGCUGCGGACCCGGACGGAUUCGCUCGUCCACGAUCUGCAUAGGUUGGCGGGAUCCAGCAUGGUCGCGAUCACGUAUGGAUACAAGGUCCGAGGCGAUGACGACCACCUCAUCCAGAUCGUCGACAAGGCUAUGGCGGACUUCACCGAAGCCUCUGCACCAGGGACCUACCUGGCCGACAUAUUCCCCUUUCUGUGCCACAUUCCUUCAUGGGUUCCUGGCGCUCAGUGGAGGAGGAAAGUGGCGGAGCAGAGCAAGAACUUUGACCGAAUGGCCGACAUCCCGUUCAACUGGGUGAAGGCACAAAUGAAUGCCGGGACAGCUCUUCCCAGCGUCGCCUCCGCGCUGUUGGAGGGCUCUGACGGCCCUGAGAAGGAGGAGCUAAUCAAGAUGGCGUCGGCUUCCCUGUAUGCUGGUGGCGCAGACACCACUGUCGCUGCCAUGACCUCCUUCUUCCUCGCCAUGUCGUGUUUCCCCGAGGCGCAGCGGAAAGCACAGGCAGAGAUUGACGCGUUGAUCGGCAACGGUCGACUGCCGACGCUCAAGGACAGAGACGCGCUUCCUUACCUGAACGCGUUAAUGCUCGAGGUUCUCCGGUGGAUCCCCGUGGCGCCCAUGGGGUUCCCUCACAAGCUCAGUGAGGACGACUUUCUCGAGGGUUACUUCCUGCCGAAGGGCACCCUCGUCGUUGCGAAUAUAUGGAAUUUUCUGCACGACCCGCAAACUUAUGCGGAUCCGAUGACGUUCAACCCGGACCGAUUUGUGCCUACGGAGAGCAAAGAGGCCGAGCGCGAUCCGCGGGACUUUUGCUUCGGUUUCGGCAGGCGGAGAUGCCCGGGAAUCGUCUUUGCCGAGGAGUCCAUGUUUGCUCUGUUCUCUAUGGUGCUCGCGGUGUAUGACAUAUCGAAGGCGACCGAGAACGGCAAAGUCGUCGAGCCGCUCAUGGAAGGGCAAGGCUCUAUCAUAAGCCAUCCUGCUCCUUUCGGAUUCACGGUGACGCCCAGGUCCGACAAAGCUCAGGCGCUGCUAAACGGACUUGCGGACGCAACACACGCGUUGUCGCAAUAA